AUGGCACGUCCGCCCAAUCCAAUCGAUCACUACCGUGACUAUGUCACUUAUCUCUACCUUAACGGUGUCUCGCGAAGCAGGAUUCAGUAUAAGCUUCGGAAGCAAUAUCAUGUCGCAGUCAAUCUCAGUACAAUCUCUCGCCGAAUCGCAAGCUGGGGUCUCCUGCGCCAGCAAGCCCGUACCAAAGAAACCCCAGAGCUGAUAGAGGCCACCCGCGACCUGAUCUUUCGCGUUGGGCUUACCGAGAAGCAGACGCUGAGCGUUCUGCAGAGACAGGGCUGGCCGAUCACGAAACGAGGUCUAAAGCGCAUCAGGCUUCACCCGGACCGCCGCUGGGUACGCAGGAUCAAUAGCGACGAGGAGCGCCUUGCGUUGCUGGAAAAGACAGAGCAAGUCAUCAUCGAAAUGACGCGGCGCUCUAAUGCUAUUUCGGGAUAUGGCAAAAGCCUUCUCCAGCCUUAUCUUCGUCAGAAAAAGCAGCUCUGGUGGUGCAUUGACGGUCAUGAUAAGCUCAAGGCGUAUGGAUUCGAGAUAUAUGCCGCAAUAGACGCCUACUCGCGCAAUAUUAUCUGGUUCUAUGUUGGCCACACUGCUACAACUGCUUUGAGCGUGUUGAAGCAGUACUUGGCCGUAUGUGAUGCCUACGGCUUUCGGCCAUGGUAUUUGCAAGUAGAUAGGGGCAGCGAAAUGCCAUUGGUCGCAGCAGCACAUUGGAACUUUGUUUUGGCAACAGACGGGCGACAAGGGAAGCGCCUGAAAGAUUCGUACAAGGCGGCUCUAAGUACGAAGAAUGUUAAGAUUGAGAGUUGGUGGGAGCGCAUGCUGCAUGUCUCGUCCCGGCAGUGGGUAGACUACUUUGGGGAGCUCGCCAGGGACGGGGACUUUGACAGCGAUAUGUUGGAGGAUCAGAUUGCCAUCUACGCCGUCUUCGAAGAUGUAUUACGCCAAGAACUCUUCGACUUUGUGGAGGCGUGGAAUCUUCAUCGAAUUCGCCUUCAGAAGAACCGUCCACACGUGAUUCACGGCCAGCCCUGGAUGAAUUACCAUUACCCCGAUCCAGACAAGGCAUGCAACUGGGGUAUCCCCAUUGACCGCUCAGUUCUAGGUGAAAUGGAGCGACCAUUGGCUGAUAUCGACAUUAGCACAUGUUUGGAGCCGGAGAUAAAGAAUUGGUGUCGCUAA